UAUUACUGAUAAAGCGUUAAUUAGGCUACAUCGAUUUAUACAGCGUGUACAGCAUUUGUUUGUGGUUUUAAUACGGACUUCCUUGUCAUCAAACAAAUAUGUAUCAUGUAAAGCCGUACUACGAGUCAGGGGGUAAAGUUGAUUUUCCCAACAUCAUGUAUGCUGUGAGGCAUUAUCACGAGCCCAGCCCAUCAAACGUUCAGGGACAUGAUUUCUCCAGCCUGGAUCCAGUCUCUGCCCUCGAGGCCAGGCAGGAAAGCAUCCUUGCAAGGCUGGGUCAGCUUCAGCAAACCCUCACCAGGUUGAAGGCCCAGUAUGCAGUAACCACGACAACUACUGUGACAGCUGCACCACCACAGAAACAAGCUGCUAGCGCAUCUUUCAGUGUUAGGCAGACAUCUAUAGCAGCUUUAAAGAGUCCUCUAGCUUCCAGUUCUGGUAUACACGACAUGGUGAUCAACGCAGACCCCAAUGCUCCACCGCUCUCCCUGUUUGUUCUGUUUGAGAUGCUCAAGCAGAGGUACUCUGUGCUCGCCACCUCGUAUGUACACUCGUCAGUGAGCGAUGUGAACCCGCGCCUUACAGAGAUGGUUGUAUGUGGGUCGCAGACUGCACGUGGUAACCACCAGGUUGCCCUGUCGCUGGUCUGGAAAAAAGUGGAAAAUGGCCCUGAACUCAUGGUUUCACCAGCAAAGCAAUCCGUAAUAACAGGGGAGGUAAAUAUAGCGAGGUACAUCAACAGACUGAUCUCCCCUGGUUUUGACACCACAGAUAUCGUCAAGGCCACCACUGCUGACGAAUGGCUGGAUAUGGCAGAUCUGCAGUUAAUAAAUGGAAAUUCAAAGCAAAGAAAUGCCACCACUAAAAGCCUGAAUACCAAAUUGAAGAAAUCUGAUUGGGUGGUGGGUGAUGAGUUUUCAUUGGUCGAUGCAGUGCUGUUUUCAGCUCUCGCCCAAUCAGAUCAAAUAUCAUCGGCCCCUGAAAAUGUACAGAAGUGGAUGAAGCGGUGUACUGCACUGCCGGUGUUUGCGUCAGUUAUGACAUUGCUUUAAAGAAUUAAUAACACGGAAAAUUAACAGAAGUACAUUUCCUAUGUGAUUGUAAAGCAGGCAACUGAAAUGUCUGAAAAUGCUAAAUUAUUGAUUCAGUUUUUUGCAUGUACAGAAGUAUGUCUGAGUGAUGUAAAACUAAUUCUUUUGAAAACAAA